AUGGUGGUAGUCGGCGACAACUAUGGGCCACUGAGAGCCCCCGAGCUCCGUUGGCUGUGCAACCAGCGUGGCCUGAGCCCCUAUGGCCUCAAGCGUGGGCUUGUUGCUAGGCUCGAUGAACAAGACCAGCAGGGUAUUGAAAGCUCCUCAGAGUGUUACGCUUGUGGCCUGGAGCCUUUUCGAGAGCUGGAAGAGCUAGCUGCGAAGUAUGCAAGUGAAAGACAGGCAAGUUCUGGCCCACGCUCAGCUGCCACCGCAAAGACAGCAGCGAAAGCAAAGGAGCCGCCACAGACAAAGGCAUCUGUUGAGCCGAAGCCGCUGCCAGUGGGGCCCAUGGCUUCGCCUAUCGCGCCCGCGCAGGCAAAGAUGCCCCCGCUUGCCAAGCAAGGCCUCACGGACGAAGAGCGCCGGCUCAGAAGCAUGUUGGAGUUCUUUGCCUGCGCGGAUACGCAGAGCACGAAGAGCACGGGGAAAGAUAUGCUCUUUGCCCUGAAGUACAAGGACUUUGUCAAGACCGUCUUUGACUUUCUGCAGUCUGAUAGUGCGGCACCAUCCUCGGGCUUGGAGCCCAUGGCCUCCACCGCGAUGGCAACAGCCGCUGCGGCAGCAGCGGCGAUGACCGAUGCACUUCUUCGCGGCACCAACCCCCAAGAUGCCGCUCCGAACACGGAGAUCAACACUGCUGAGCUCAACGAGACCAGGUCCUCCAAUAUGCUGCAACAGGUCAAGGAAAUGCUCGAGGCCCACCUGCAGGUUUGCCACCUACAGACACGGCAUGAUGUGCUCUUCGCAGAGUUGGAUGCCAUGACGAAAGCUGUGACGGCAAAGGCAGAUGAGAUCAAAGAAGUUCAGGCGAGCUUAGAUGCUUUUAUGCAAAAGGAGGCCCAGCAGCGCCAGGGUUUGGUGGAGCGGACGCAGCUCCAACUCAGUGCCUGGCUUGACAAGAUCAACACCCAGGAAUGA